UACCUGGGAUUUCUGUCCUGAAACUUAUUUUGGGUUUCAACUGCUACUUCGAAUUCAUACCCACUGCCGAAUAGACGAAUAUAACCCUGUGAACCACCAUCCGGUUCUCUCUUUCAAAGGAAGGAAAAUGACCAACUCCAUAUACCAAAUAGUAAUAUCAUAUUCAUCAAAUUAUCUCCGCUUCUUUGUUUUAUUAGUUAACAAUUUCGUCACCUCCUUCCUCACCCCUCCUCCUCCACCGGAACCUCGCCUCCGGUGCUCCGAUUUCAAAUGCAUAUGAGUCCGUUUUUCUCUGUUCUUCUUUAUUGAACUACUGUUACGGUUUUACAUAUAUAAUGGAGUUUAGGAAAUACACUUGUUUUGGUGAUGCACCUACUGUGGGUAUGGGUACAGUAAAUCUUCUGAAUAAGUUACACACAAAGGCUCAAAUGGAAGCUCAUGAGGAACCUGCAGAUUGUGCUUCCAUGGAUGUAGACCUUGACAUCCGAGAAAUUUAUUUUUUGAUCAUGCAUUUUCUAUCUGCUGGGCCAUGCCAAAAGACAUUUGGACAACUCUGGGUGGAGCUUUUAGAACACGACCUCUUACCCAGAAGAUAUCAUGCUUGGUAUUCAAGAAGUGGUGCAGUCUGCAGGGAUGAAAAUGAUGAUGGGAACUCCUUCCCUCUAAAUUAUGACAAUUUGGCCGGAAGGUACUCUCACAUUGAAAAGGAUCACUUGGUCAAGCUGCUCAAACAGCUGAUACUGACAACAUCCCCUCCUUUACGGUGUAUGGUGGGGAAAGUUGCUCCAGCUGCUGCUGAUGUUCCUACACUACUUGGAACUGGGGCCUUUUCUUUGUUGUCAUGUGAGAGAAAUAAAGUAAAUAAGCAAGCGAGGAAUUUUCCAUCUUACCUCCGGUGGCCUCAUAUGCAAGCUGAUCAGGUUCGAGGGCUUAGCUUGAGAGAAAUUGGAGGUGGCUUUUCCAAACACCAUCGCUCUCCAUCUAUCCGCCUUGCAUGUUAUGCCAUUGCUAAACCAUCCACUAUGGUGCUGAAGAUGCAAAAUAUGAAGAAGUUAAGAGGACAUAGGGAUGCUGUGUAUUGUGCAAUAUUUGAUCGCUCUGGUCGCUAUGUGAUUACUGGUUCGGAUGACCGUUUGGUAAAGAUUUGGUCAAUGGAAACUGCAUUUUGCCUAGCUAGCUGCCGUGGGCAUGAAGGCGACAUUACAGAUUUGUCUGUCAGUUCCAAUAAUGCUUUAGUGGCAUCGGCAUCAAAUGACUUCACUAUUCGAGUUUGGCGACUGCCAGAUGGGUACCCUAUUUCAGUUCUUCGUGGACAUAGCGGAGCUGUUACUGCCAUUGCCUUUAAUCCCAGGGUGAAUGCUAUCUAUCAUCUCUUAUCGUGAGCCUCGUUAUGACUUUACCACCAUUUCAUUUAAUUCAAUGAAGUCUGAAGUUGGUUAAGCAUUUGGCUUUGGCCUUUAAUAGUUAAUGGCUAUUGCUUUGACUUCUAUGUCCUCAUUUAUUAGUUAAUGUACCUACUGUUGUUUUCAUCUCCUGCCAAGUUCAUUUUCGGUGCUGAGAGAAUUGCCAGAAUCUUCUGCAUUUAUUUUGUUGAUAGUGACUUUAUUGAAUCAUAACUGUGAAGAGUAAUUUCCCUGAAAUUUUGAGUUAUAAAUUUCAGAUUCAAAUUCUGAACUGAUGAGUACAAAGAGAUAGGUCAUCAUAAAUAUCACACAAAAUCUUUUUUGCAUGAUUGUGUGAUUGAGAGAUCGGCAUUGAGUAAGUGUCACAAUUAGGUUAAGUCCAUCUUUUCUGUAGUUUCCUUGACAUCUUGAGCUCUGUCGUCCUUUAGCUCUCACUGAGGUUGGUUAUUACUUCAUGUCAUCCUCCUUAA